AUGCAAUUUAACUUUUUAAUCUCAAAAUGCAUGUCAGUUAAUGAAAAUGGCAUGACCAUUUUAAAUGGAACUCCAUAACGCAAUCCAUGCCUUGAUGAAGUGAUCACAACAAUGGGUGAAGCAUCUGCAAAAGCAUAAAAUUUGAAAUAAGUUAUAACUAGUCCAUCCAGAUUUUAUUAAACCGAUUAAAAAUUGUAUAUCAAAUCAGAAGGAAAGUAAUGCUUAGGAAUUUUAAAAAUUGGGAAGAAAAAUCUAUUUCAUAGGGAUUUGAGUGGACUAAUUAAAGAAAUAUAGCCAUUGUGUGUGUUGGAUUUCUAUGUGCACGAAUCAGUUUAGAGAAGAGGAAUUGGCAAAGAACUAUUUGAAGAAAUGCUUAGGUGUGAAAAUAUUAUGCCAGAGAAAAUAGCGUAUGACAGACCAUCUCCGAAAUUACUUGGCUUUUUAAAAAAGCAUUAUCAUCUCUCAAAUUAUAUACCUUAGAAUAACAAUUUUGUUAUCUUCUCAUAAUAUUUCGAGAAUAGAUAAUAGAAUGGCAAUUAAAAAUUGGCCUCCUAGACCUCGUACUAUCAAAAUACAGUAACGCCUUAGAAAAUGGAAUAAUUAGGAUCAUUAAUGUAAUAGAUGACAAUUUCCUCAACUAAACCAAAGAAUCAAUCAUAGUAAUAGAUAAAAUCUUAAGCUCCUUGGGGUACAGAUUAAAAGUCACAAUCAAAUAUGUAUUAAACAACUACAGGACUGAUGUCCGCUUAAAUUUAGAAAAAAAUAUGAUCUUUUAAUACUUAAUUAGGAAUUUCAAUUCAUUUAUAUUAUUCAAA